AUGUCUAUGGUCUCCUCCCUAAAUGAACGGAAGAUUUAUAUUGUUUAUAUGGGAUCUCUCCCUGAGGGUGAAUACUCGCCUUCACUACAUCACUCACAAAUAAUUAAUGAAGUUAUUCAUCCGAGUUUUGCAAGCCAAGCUUUGAUACGGAGCUAUGAAAGAAGCUUCAAUGGAUUUGCUGCAUAUGUCUCUGAAGAAGAAAAAGAGAAGUUAACGAGGAUUGUUGGGGUUGUCUCGGUUUUUCCUUGCCAGAAGUUGCAGCUACAAACAACAAGGUCUUGGGACUUCAUGGGACUAUCAAGAAGUGUUGAACGACGCGUUGCCAUCGAGAGUGACAUAAUAAUCGGUGUCAUUGAUACCGGAAUUUGGCCAGAGUCAGAGAGCUUCAAUGAUGAAGGCUAUGGUCCUAUUCCCACAAAAUGGAAAGGAGAAUGUGAUGGCGGCAAAGAUUUUGUUUGUAAUAGAAAGAUAAUUGGCGCUCGAUCGUAUGUCGUUGAUAGUAAGGAACUUUCUGCUAGGGAUACAGUUGGGCAUGGGACUCAUGUCGCAUCAAUAUUAGCCGGUAACCAAGUGCGACACUCAAGCUAUUAUGGUCUAGCACAUGGAAUUGCUAGAGGAGGAGUUCCCUCAGCACGGCUAGCUAUUUAUAAAGUGUGCGGUUCAACAGGUUGUGAUUAUACAGACGUUCUGAGUGCCUUCGAUCAGGCCAUUGUUGAUGGGGUUGAUAUCAUAUCGAUCUCAAUUGGAAAUAACGAUCCACUCGAACUUACUUUUGACCCAAUUGCGAUUGGAGCAUUUCAUGCAAUCGAGAGGGGCAUUCUGACGGUAAAUUCUGCAGGAAAUAAGGGUCCUUCUAGAGCUUCUAUCUAUACAUAUGCUCCAUGGAUCUUUACUGUGGCAGCAAGUGAUAUUGAUAGAAAAAUUGUCGACAAGCUCCUUCUCGGAAAAGAUGCAACUCUAGUGGGUCAUGCUAUCAAUGUUUUUCCAUCAAGUGAUGAACCAUUGCCUCUUGUUUACGGAAAAGAGGUGACAAGUAGAUGCCCGGAAACUGAUGCAAAGAACUGUCUUAUCGAAUGCUUAGAGAGUAGUUUGGUCGACCAUAAAGUAGUUCUUUGUGACAAGGAGCCCAUCUUGGAGGAACUUAAAAAAUCUAGAGCCAGUGGUUUUAUCUACCCAAGUAUUGAAAAUUAUUCUCUGGUCAUGCCAUUGCCCGUUGUAGCCCUAAGUAGAGAUGAUCUUAACUCGGUCAAAAAAUUCAAAAAAUCUACCACAGAACCUCUUGUCCAAAUUUUAAGAAGUGAGCCUAUUGACAAUCCAGGUGCUCCUUUUGUUGCUCCAUUUUCUUCUCGAGGGCCUGGUAUAUAUAUACAUGAUAUGAUAAAGCCGGAUAUAAUAGCCCCCGGUGUUGAAAUUCUAGCGGCCUUUUCAUCGAUAGGCUCGCCAUCUGGAAUUACAUGGGACAAGAACUUCGUGGAAUUUAGUAUCUUAUCUGGGACAUCUAUGGCUUGCCCCCAUGUUGUUGCAGCUGCAGCCUUUGUAAAGUCUUUCCAUCCUGAGUGGUCUCCUUCUGCAAUCAAAUCUGCUCUAAUGACUACCGCGUGGGAAUUAAGUGCUUCCCUAUACUCAGAAGCUGAAUUUGCAUAUGGGUCUGGGCACAUUGAUCCUUUAAAGGCCACAACUCCCGGACUUGUCUAUGAAACUUCUUUUCAAGAGUAUCUUAAGAUAUGGUGCAACAUAUCUCGAACCCCAGGAAGCGUGAUCCCCACAAGUUCUAGUUGCCCUACAAAGUCAACUGCUAAAGAUAUAAAUUACCCUUCGAUGGCAGUUCAAGUAAAAGUGGGGGCUUUAUUUGCGGUGGCUUUUCCUAGAACCGUGACAAAUGUUGGUCGAGCCAAUUCGACGUAUGUUUCACAUAUAGAAGGAGAACCCUCAAAGUUGCAUGUCAGUGUGGAGCCUGACACUUUGCAAUUCACGAAGAUAAACCAGAAGAAAUUUUUUUCCCUGACGGUUAGGGGGAACAAAAUGAAGCCUUUUACGAUAAAACAUUUGUCACUGGUGUGGAGUGAUGGUGUUCACAAAGUCCGCAGUCCUAUCGUGGUUUACACAAUGUCACAUGGAGAACCAACACCAACACCAACACCAUCAAUGCUUUGCAUAACAUUUAUGUUAAUCAUUUUAAUAGCGUUGCCUUUGUAUUAA